GGCGAAUUGUGAUCUAACUAAUCCUAAGGGAUAGAAUCCAUUCAUACUGCUUCAUACGAGUCCCUUUAAAGAUAUGAAUUUAUUUACACAAGUACAAAAAAAGGUCGUAUUUUUUUUAACAUGCAUAACAGGCGUUUCCGACUGCAAGGCCAUGAAUAUCUACGAAGGCGCUCGGAGCAUUGCCCUGCGGCGCCACUUGGAUGCUAUGUCGGGAUUCUAUGAGGAACGCAGCGUUGCCCAACGACGUAAGCAGUGGAGGCUUCUUGAGCCACCAGUGCCCGGGCUUAGUUUCUUUUUUUACGGAUUAAUUCUUAACGAUUGCGAGCACUUUGUGAUCGAUUUUAUGGCUAAACGGAAAAGCCAAUUAAACGACGUUGUUCUGCAGAUCGGUGCCCGCCUUCCACAAAACUACAUUUUGCGCAACUCCCGGCUAAUGGGCAAAUGGGGUCCCGAGGAAAAUUCAUCAAGCUUACCUUUUCAGUUAAAACGUGGUGAGAAUUUUUGGAUGCAGGUGCUGCUCACUGACCACUCAUUUUACAUAUCGGUUAAUGGCUAUCACUUUGCGCUUUAUGAAUACCGUAUGCCAUACCAGUGGCUGACCGGAGUAGAUGUUCGCGGUGAUGUUUCUGAUAUGAUUAUUAACAUCUUUUAUGUUUCGGAAUACCCAAUUCGUAUAAGUCAUUCUGUGGCCAGCUUUUUACCCUAUGUCAAGGAUUUUUCAGAAAGUGUGGCAUAUGACCAAACUCACACAAUGCCACGGGAUUGGCUGCGUAUUGAAGUUCCAUGUUCAUUUCUUGACAACAUGGCUCAAUAUCAAGCCCAGCUCUCCUUGCCCUUCUAUGGUCGAAUGCAAAAAAAACUGACUGACGGUCGUGAAUUGCGUAUUGAGGGUCGUGUGCGUCUAAUGCCCCAAGGCUUUACUGUCGCUUUACAGAAUGGUCAACAUGUCUGGCCGCAGCCUACAGUAUCGUUCCUAUUUAAUCCCAGUUUCUUGCGGAGCAAGCGCGCGAAGGUGGGCAAAGCCGUUAUAACGAGGAGCGCCUAUAUAAAUGGAAUGUGGGUGAGCCGAGAAGUGUCGCGCCUGCAUACACAUUUGGGACCAGGGAAGCCAUUUGUUCUUAUAAUCGCCUGUCGGCGGCAAUGCUAUGAGCUAUUUAUCAAUAGCAAUUCUGUGCUGACUUUUAAGCAUCAGAUGAAUCCUGCAGACGUCGAUAUGGUAAAUAUACGCGGUGACCUCAAGCUCUGGAGUGUUUUGGUGGAUAGCGGUAGGCUUCCAGUAAGGCCAUCGGGUCAUUUCCGAUCAAAUUAAAGUUAAUAGAGGUUCUAAAAUACAUUGGAUAAUACGAUUUUUAAAAUGUUUUGAUUAUACUUGCCACUCUUUUUGCUCGCCAACUUACAAAUAAACGUUAGUCGA